CGAUGCUCUCUUGCAUGUAAAAAAAUUAUAGGAAGUUUAGAGCUAGCGCUGUCAAAAUGGCUACUUUCUGUGGUGCAAGACCAGGUACCGAGAUUGUCAGGGGCCAAGUCUUCGAUGUCGGCCCUGAAUACACAGGGUUAAACUACAUCGGUGAAGGAGCAUAUGGCAUGGUUGUGUCUGCAUUAUGUCAGUCAACAGGAAUGAAAGUAGCCAUAAAGAAGAUAAGUCCAUUUGAACAUCAAACAUACUGUCAAAGAACCUUACGUGAAAUCAAGAUUCUAACACGUUUUAGACAUGAAAAUAUUAUCAACAUUCAAGAUAUUCUACAUGUCCAGUCUAUUCAUGACAUGCGAGAUGUAUAUAUUGUACAGACGUUGAUGGAAACCGAUUUGUACAAGCUGCUGAAAACUCAACGACUGAGCAACGAUCAUGUGUGUUACUUCCUAUACCAAAUCUUACGUGGACUUAAGUACAUUCACUCGGCCAAUGUCUUGCACCGUGAUUUGAAACCAAGCAAUCUUCUUCUUAACACAACUUGUGACCUCAAGAUUUGUGACUUUGGCCUGGCCAGAAUAGCAGACCCAAACCAUGACCAUACAGGUUUCUUGACCGAGUACGUGGCCACCAGAUGGUACAGGGCACCAGAGAUCAUGCUGAAUUCAAAAGGAUACACCAAGUCUAUUGAUAUUUGGUCAGUAGGAUGCAUUUUGGCCGAGAUGCUUAGUAAUAGGCCUUUAUUCCCCGGCAAACACUAUUUGGAUCAGUUGAACCACAUUUUAGGUGUGCUAGGUUCUCCAACCACUGAGGAUCUGCAGUGUAUUAUGAAUGAGAAGGCUAGAGGCUAUCUACAGUCACUGCCAUUCAAACCUAAGGUCUAUUGGAACUCAAUGUUUGAGAAGGCCUCACCUAAAGCGCUGGACUUAUUAGAGAAAAUGCUAACAUUCAACCCGACUAAACGAAUCACUGUUGAGGAAGCACUAAGCCACCCCUAUUUAGAACAAUACUAUGACCCAGCUGAUGAGCCAAUCAGUGAUGAGCCGUUCACAUUUGAAUAUGAAAUGGAUGAACUGCCCAAGGAAAAGCUUAAGGAGCUGAUUUAUCAAGAAGCUUGUCAGUUCAAAAAUAGGUUGGAUGCUGGAAACAGUCAAAGUAUUUCCACAUUAGACAAUACACAGACUAAUUCAUAAGUGUUCAAGAAGAUCAUUUGAGAUUCCGGAGACAACCAAACAAAUAUGAUAAUCAUUGAGAAGGAGGUCCAGAAGAAACGACACAAAGAGACAAAUUUUGAUGUCAUCUUCAUUCUUCUGAUCCUCGUAUUCAUGUCACAUUUGCUGUAAAUAAUGCCUUUGUGACAUAUGAUGAUGUCUACGGCUUCAUUGUGACACAGAGGUGGCGCCAAAGGCUCACUUUAUAACCAUACUCUCUGUGUCGAUCAUGUUUUAUGACCUGGUGGAGUCCAUCAGGGUCGUAAAUUCUUUUUCAGUUUAGUUAAUUAUUCAUUGAAAUUCUUGCAAGCAAGUUUUGACUGAAUGUUAUAUUGCUAUUCUACUCUACAGAAAUUUCUGAAUUGUUAUGCACGGUAUUAAGAAAGGUGCUUAUAUGUCAAGUAUUUGAAUUCUGCAACAACCAAUCAAAAGAUUAGAUUGGCUAGACCAGCCAAUGGAAUCAGUAAAAUCUGUUCUGUGAGUGCUGUUCAGUUGCUACGAUACAUAAUCAUGAAUUUGAAUUAAGACAAAACACUGCAUUGGUUACAUCUGCUAAUGAAAUUCUCUUUGUGAGUUGCAAAUAUACAAGAGCAUGUGCCAUUGUAUGUAUGUACACACACACACACACACACACCCCCACACACACACACACAUAUAUAUAUAUAUAUAUAUAUAUAUAUAUAUAUAUAUAUAU